CGUGAAUAAUGUCAGACGAGGACUCUAGUGGCUGGCAACUUACAGAAUCUGACCCUGGGGUGUUCACAGAGCUACUCAAAAGCCUCGGAGUGCCUUACAUCGUCGAUGACCUCUACUCACUUGAACCAGAAUCAUUGGAGGCGCUACAGCCUGUGCAUGCCCUAAUCUUCUUGUUUAAGUGGUUCCCUGAAUCACCUGACGACGAGCCUGGUGUUGGUGCUGGUCACUAUGAUUCAGAUUUCCCCGGAUUCUUCGCCCAUCAAACUGUGAACAACGCUUGCGCUACACUUGCUGUUGUCAACGCCCUGGGAAACAUUGCAUCUCUCCAUGCAGGACCGCAAUUUAUGGACCUCUUGAACUUUACCGCAGGCAUGGACCCACAAACAUGUGGGAUGGCUAUCACAAGCGCGGAUUGGCUUCGAGAAGCUCAUAACGCGCUUUCUCCACCUAGUUCUAUCUCGUUAGAUGGUCCAGACCUUCCGAAGAAGAGCGAAGAAGCCUAUCACUUCGUUGUUUACCUUCCAGUGCUGGGAAGUCUGUAUGAACUGGAUGGACUGAAACCCUAUCCGGUGCGACAUGGAGAAUACGACGGAUCCGGAGAGGGAUGGGUUAAAAAAGCAAGGGAAGUUAUAGAGAACCGGAUACACACUUACCCGACUGGAGCACUUGAGUUCAGCUUACUCGCUCUUCGGGAUGACCCAAUACCUGGAAUGAGAAGACGUUUAGACGCUCUACAAGGUUCAGCAGAGGACGCUGAAAUGAGCGAUCUUAUGAACAAAAUUUCCAAUGAAAACUCCAAGCGCGAACGCUGGGCAUUUGAGAACAGCUCGCGUCGCCACAAUCACAUCGGCCUUGUGCAUGCUUUAUUGUUGGCUCUAGCAAAGGCUGGAAAGCUUGACUCGGCGAAAGCAGAUGCGCAGAGAGUGAUGCAAGAGCGCUUAGAGAGACAAAGAGCGAUGCAGUCUUAGAGCGGGGCAGACUAAUGUGCGGUCACAGUACUCAGUAAGGUUAAGGUUUUCGAAGUUUCGGCCUGAUUGCCCAGCUGACCUUGCCCGCAGUGCAUUGAGCACGUACUUUAAUCAUCGCUUCCCGAGUUUGACUAGCGAAUGACAAUAGAGGUCUCUUGGCGCCCAACGUGAAUAUACUUCUUUGAUCUCAUCGUGAACUGUACACUACAUAGUUUGUUCCUGACGUUUCUCUCGCUUGCCUUUAUUUUUACGUCUCAGCGGACUUUUCAAAUCGGGACUGACAAGCUGUUACAAAUAAUGAAGCAGCCUGAGGAAGCUGCGGAUACUUGGCACGAUGGACACGUU